CUGCCACUUGACUUCUGGAUAGAGCUGGCUCUGGCUGCAGUGAGGGGGAUAUGACUUGGGUGGAAUGGCUGACUGUGUUGCUGUCGUUCCUGCAGGCUUUGAAGAUGCAAUGGAAUUUCCUCGUUUUACCUUCAAUCCAAAGGAAGGAAUUGAUAAUCCAGCUCUGGUCAUCUGUGAUGAUCCUGAGCCAGAUCAGAGCCCCGUGCCUCGGCUCUGCCAGCUGAAGCGCAUGGAGGGCCAGAGUUUUGGAUUUUACCUGCGGAAGGAAGAGGGUAGACAAGGUCAUGUGAUCAGGGACGUGGAGCCCUGGAGCCUUGCAGAGCACAGCGGCCUCAGAGAUGGAGACAGAGUGCUGGAGGUCAAUGAAGAAUAUGUGGACAACAUGGACUUCCACAGGGUGGUGAGGAGGAUCCAGUCUUGUGGCUUACAGUUGUUUCUCUUGGUGUUGAAAGGAGAGGAGUAUGAACAGGCAGUGUCCAAACAUCUAAACCUGCAGAUGCUGACCAGAACCUCCAAGGGGGGGCGCUGCUCCAGGCCCAGACUCUGCCACGUCACGAGACACCAUGAGCAAAGCCUCGGACUCACCAUCACACCAGUGGAAGGUCAGAGAGGACAGUUCAUCUUGAGCACAGUGACCGACAGUCCAGCAGAGAAAGCUGGUGUUCGCAGUGGAGACAAACUGGUCUGGAUCAACGGCGUCUUGGCUUCAACACUCACUUACUCCUCUCUCCACAAGAUGGUGAAGAAGAGCGGGGCCUCUGUGACCGUGCUGGUCAUUGACAGUGAGAGUGAAUCUUGGUAUGUCAGGAGGAAAAUGCCCAUCUUGCCGGUCAUAGCAGAAUCCCACAACCUCCCGCACAAACUAAAGACCAUGCGCCUCGUCCAAGGACCGGAGGGAUACGGGUUCCUGCUGCGCCAGGAGAAGCUGGCCAAUACAGGGAGAAUCGCUCACGUGUUGCGGGAGGUGGAUGCUGGGAGUCCAGCUGAGGAGGCAGGCAUGGAGGACGGGGACCUGCUCUUAGCCGUUAAUGGAGAGCCUGUGGAGUCCAUGGAGCACGAGGACAUCGUCAAGAUAAUCAGGAGAUGUGGCCGAAAAGUCUGCCUCACCUCCAUCUCUAUCCCAGGAAGAGACUUUUACCGAGAGUUAGGCAUUUCUCCUCUGUUGUUCUAUGAGGAAUUUGUACCAGAGAAUGACAACGUUUCCCAUCGCACUGAGAAGCAAACUGGAAUUCUUAGAGGAGCGGAGGAUGGGAUCGUCCCGGGCAGCAGACUGUGUGUUCUGCACAGAGAGGAGAGGGGCUUCGGUUUCCACCUGGGCUGCAUCCUGCAUGAACCGGGAACUUUCAUCGGACAGGUGGUGCCAGAGGGCUCAGCACAGAGAGCCGGCCUGUCGGGAGGUGAAGUGGUGGUGGAGGUGAACGGACAGAAUGUGGAAAAUGAGUAUUUUGAGGAAGUAGUGAGGCUGAUAAAGAAAAGUUCGCCACCUCUGAAGCUGCUGGUGGUGGAGAGGAAACAAAGCGGAUCGCCGGUCAGCGCUGACUUCACCGUCCACAGCCAGCAGUGUAUGAGCGAGUGUAAAGCGCUGAGAUCAGCGGGCAACGGUCAGCUCACCUGUUGGCUCUGCUACCUGGCUGGUUGGAAGAGGUUUUCGAACGUAGAUACUGGAGCAACCAUCGAGAAAAGGGUGGAGGGGGUUAAUGGCGGCUGCAGCCCCAACCACCGGGACAAGCAGGACCAUCUCUGCAUCAAGGGGGUGACCGAGGGAGGUGUGGAGGGCCUGUUGGAUCGUGAGCUGGACGACCUUCGGGUCCACAUCGUUCUCCAGCAGGAAGUUGGGAACGAUGGUGUCUUUUGUUUCGGAGGGCUGGGUCCCAAUAAACCUCAUUGA